GCUGGUUAGUUUGGGGCAGAUUUGCAGUGAGCAGCCUGCAGGCGCAGGACCUAUCUCCAGGCCAGGCAGCGUUUCCUUCCUCUUCUCACCCGGCUGCUGACAAAGAGGGCACCACUACUCACGCAAGCUCAGCCGCUUUGCAAUGUGGAAGAAGGUCUCUUUCCUGGGCGUGACGACACAACGUGACAGCAGGGGUUCAGAACGUAACUGACAGCCAGCGCUGACUCCCGGGCCAUUCCCCAACCCAGCCCCGACCUUACAACACCCAGCAUGGAGGUGGAAGCCAAGGUGAUCAGAGAGGGUUACCUCGUCAAAAAGGGGACAGUGUUCAACUCGUGGAAGGCUGUUUGGGCUGUGCUUUUGGAAGAUGGCAUUGAAUUUUACAGGAGAAAAUCUGACCAAAGUCCGAAAGGAGUUCUCCCCUUGAAGGGGAGUUCAGUUGUAUCCCCCUGUCUGGACUACAGCAAGAGAGCGUUUGUCUUCAAGUUUCGUACGGAUAAGAGUCAGGAGCAUUACCUGCAAGCCUCACACGUUGAGGAACGGGAUGCCUGGGUGAAAGACAUGAAGAGAGCCAUCCAGUUCAUCGAAGGUGGCCAAAAGUUUGCCCGGAAGUCCACCAGGAAGUCCAUCAAGUUGGCCAGUGAUAUUAACUUGGGCGCGUUAUACCACUCCAUGAAGGACCCUGAGACGGGCGUGAAGGAGCACAAGUUAAAUAAAGAUAAGAAGAUCUUCAAUCACUGUUUUGCAGGUGCCUCCGUGAUAGACUGGCUGCUGUCUACGAACUUUGUGAGGAAUCGUCGUGAAGGCAUUCUGCUGUCUGCUGCUCUGGUGUGCGAUGGUUAUAUUCAGGCAGCAGAGGACAAGAGCAAAGAGGCUGCCGAACAACUGGCCGAGAACUGCUUCCUAGACGACAGUGACGCCUACUAUUACUUUGCUGACAGCGGCUUCUUCAGUGAAGGAAAUUCAAGUGACGAUGAAGAUGUUUUAAAGGCGGAAUUUCGAGGCGUUAUUAUCAAGCAAGGAUGCCUGCUGAAACAGGGUCACAGGAGGAAAAACUGGAAAGUCCGGAAGUUUGUGCUCCGGGAUGACCCUGCCUACCUGCACUAUUACGACCCCGCUGUGGGUGAGCAUGACGAGCCGCUUGGGUCCAUCCACCUCCGCAGCUGCGUGGUGACCGCUGCAGAUGACCACCCGGACGGAAAGAAAUCGGACGUUCGGGGGAACCUGUUUGAGAUCAUCACAGCGGACGAGGUGCACUACCUGAUGCAGGCUGCCACACGCGAGGAACUCACAGAAUGGAUCAACGUCAUUAAAAAAGUGGCCAUCAGUGGGAAAUGAAGGCAACGUUAGAACAAUGAAGGAUGGCCAAUAUUCUAGGGCAACUCAAGAUGUGUUGUAAAGAUGUGUAGUAUUAACCCCACACUCAAAUAUUUAACCCUUUAUCAACCACAUAGUUUAGAUCAGUUUGCUUAGUUUACUGUCACAUGUACCGAGGUACAGUGAAAAGCUUCUGUUGCGUGCUAGCCAGUCAGCAGAAAGACAGUCUGAAGAAGGGUCUCGACCCGAAACGUCACCCAUUCCUUCUCUCCAGAGAUGCUGCCUGUCCCGCUGAGAUAAUCCAGCUUUUUGUGUCUGUAUUCAGCAGAAAGAAAAUACAUGAUUCGAAUCGAGCCAUUUAAAGUGUGUAGGAAUGUUGCUGUGGGUUUAGCGAUAUAUGAGUGUGGUAGAUAUAAUUGUGGAUCCGCUUGUGUGGCUAGCACGCUUAUAGUCGCCUGGGCUGGGCGCCCGCCAUCUUGGAAACGUCAUCAACUAUGACUGAUCACUGUGCUAUAAAUAAAACCCUGCCUUGUGAAUAUU